GGUACCAUUAGCGAGCCAGGCUUGGGCCUCCUGUCCUGGUGGAACAGCUAGCGAAAGGAGAGGCCAUUACAGUAGAGAAAACAGGGAGACAGAUGUCAAGUAUUCAUCCUAGCUGCUGGACAUACACCUUCUUUUUGGACUCUUCUCAGUCACUCCUCCCAGGUUGUGACUUUAACACUGGAGAAACAUGCCUCCUGUGAAGUGUCCACAAGGUUAAUAGACACAGAACUGUGGGCUCAAGUAUAGGAGCCAGGAUUCCCAUAAUAGGAAUGGCAGACCCAAGGACAAGGGACCAGUAGCAAGGAUUUCUAAUAGAGCACACAGGCCGGGGACAUGGAGAACUGUCUCACUUGCAAAGCUGUAGAUCCACUUCCCCCUGUAUAUUGUAAAUACUACCACCAUAACUGUUAACGCACCAGCAUUUACACUCGGUGCACAUGACCGUAAGAAAGACUGACUAAAGGGCCCCAAUUGGCCUAUUUAGUGUCACCAUGUAAGUCUGUGAGUGUUCAGUUGAACAAAUAAUGAAGUGAGUGUGCCUAAAUAUACAAUUGUGUGUUGUCUUUUUGACCAGUAUAGUGUUUCAUCAGUGAUCAUUUUUGUUUGCAUGAUUUUGAGUUGGGUUAUAAUGCCCAAGGAGAUGAUGGUAUAUGGCCAAUAUACCACGGCUAAGGGCUGAUCUCAGGCAUGACGCAUCGCGGACUAUUGGCCAUGCCACAAAGCCCAGAGUUUUUUUUUAUUGCUAUUAUAAACUGGUUACCAAUGUAAUUAGAGCAGUAAAAAUUAACGUUUUGUCAUAUCUGUGGUAUAUGGCUGAUAUACCACUUCUGUCAGCCAAUCAGCAUUCAGGGCUUGAACCACCCAGUUUAUAAUUGUGUACAGGACAUGUAUCCCAAAAAUAUCAUAAAAUAACUGUCCUUGGGAGGGGUUGUCAUGAACCCACAAGCACUACACCUCACUGUAAUUUGUGUAUUUUAGUGGGUGUGAAGUUGGUCCUCUGAAGCAGUUUUUGAUAAAGCAUAGAAGCCAUAUUCUUCCAGGCCAAAUGAAUGUAUCAUAUUCUGAUCUUUAUUUUGGUUAUUUUUACUUACUCCAUUACAUGAAGGAAUACAUCAGUAUGGUUUACAAUACGAACACAUACUUGUUUAAUGUAAUAACUGCUUUGACGCGUAUGAGCAUAGCAGUCUUGUUAUGCCAACAAAUUUGUCAGCAAACACACAUCACAAACAUCACGCCCAUUCUCCCGACUACGGUGUAAUCUCAGCCAGCGGCAACUGCGCAGCCUCAACAACACACCGCAGAUCAGUGUAUUCCGCGCGACUACGCGUAUUUACUGUUAUUUAUUUAAUUAAUGUUAUAUAAUAGUAACUGACAAGGCACACACCCGUCCUCUACCGACAAACGGACUCUAGCAAUGCAGUAAGUACAAAUAUUCAAGUACGGGUAUGCCAGCUAUUGUUUGGAUUGUAGAAAAUCUGUAUCGCCUAUUCAUUAACGUGUGACAGCCUUUUUGACCAAAGUAUAGACUAAAGGAAAUGUAUGAUAAUGACAACUGUUGGCUAUAGAAUACCUUUGACGAGGCUACUCAUCCUCUCAUCCCUACAGCGUCUCUGUUUGCGCGCGCCGACUUUUCGAAUGUUCUGGAAAUUAGAAAAAGUCGGAUGAUAUGCGUGUUUAUUUACAGAAUAAUUUGGCAAUGCAAACUGGUCAUUCACUUAGCCCGAAAUGCACGCCUCCGCAACAUGACGAAUCAUACAAUGUUAUGAAUGUCUCACGUAGAGGGAUUUUUCUUGUGAUAUUUAGACACGUUGAGCCGAGUCAAUUGACUAUUUCAGAUAUUUAAUUCGGAUGUAGCCCAGAGAAAGUAUCCAGAGAUAGACUUCACUGUUGCUCUCUUUUUACAUUUUUACUUUAUAAAAACGGAUUCAUAUCGUUCUUUAAACAGUCAAUUUGCAUUCGCGUGAAAGGAUCAUCUACUUUUCUAAUUUGACAAUUUUGGUGUUACAAUGUAGCUGCCCUAAUGUUUUGGUUUGUAGUCAUUAUCCAAUGCUUUCCCUUAUUGCAUGCUGACGUCAGAAACACACGGCUAGCCUUUUUGCCAGCAGCUCUGUCGACGGCGUUCUCAACAUUCGAGCUGUCAGAGCUGUCUGUUUUACUGUAACCUUGAUGAUGCAGGCAGAGCGAAAGAAUGUAACAAUCUUAAACCAUGCAAAGCCAUCUUGGCCUUGGAGUGUGUGCUGUGUCCUAUCUUAUUGCGUGCACAUGCCAUCAAUAUGCACCACCAUAUCUUGGCACACAAUGGCUGCUUUAUUUAAAAAUGUUUAAUUGAACCUUCAUUUAACUGCUUUUGUUGCAGCUAUUCCUAAAGCUGUGCUCCUCUUGAGCUUGAAGGACUUGAUACACAAUGUAAACAUCAGUCAUAUAUCUAAGUUGAGCCUGUUACUGUUUGUGGGCAGACUUAGGAAUGGUUGGCAGUUGAAAUGUAUGGCAUUUGAAAGUAAAAAUUGGCUGUAAUGAAUUGAAAGGCUGCCAGUGUCAUUUUUGGUAAAACAUUGCCACUAGGCUAAUACUCUUAACCAGGGUAGUCCGACUAAAUGGCUUCAUAAGUGUCCAGUAAUGUAAAUCCAAACAUCCCUCUUAAUAUGAAGCUGUUAUGAAUGAUGCAUAAUGUUCUCUGCAGUAGGGAUAAACUUCAUGAAAUCUGUCUUUGUUUCAGUUGUUCCUUCUGGUUCAACUUUCGCUUUUUACUUUUGUUUGUUUUCUUCUCUUUCUUUCUUCACUAAGAAACUUGCUGAAACAAACUGACCUGUGUACUCAAUAGCAAGAUAUAUUAAAGCAGAGACAGUGAGCAGACAAACAUAUAACUGGAGUGUCAGCAUCAGGCCAGGUGGUGAAGAACCAGAAGAGUGGUAAGAAGAGCGACCUGGCCCGUGCCUCAGCCAUGACAGACCCCAGCCUGACGUCCCCCUCAGAGGCCCCUCUGCGCUCCCCCCGGGCUGCACCCCUUUCUCUCUCCUUCCCCUUCUUGAGGGAGGGCAGCCGUGUGUGGGAAAGGGGAGCGCCACCCCAGCCCCGGUCACUGCCCAGCCCACUGCCCACCAAACGCAACCGCACCUAUUCAGCCACGGUGCGGGCCACCUCAGGGCCAGCGUUUAAGGGCGUGUGCAAGAGCUUCUGCAGGUCACAAGGUCAUGGCUUCAUCCGCCCCACCAAUGGCGGUGAUGACAUCUUUGUUCACAUCUCUGAUAUCGAGGGCGAGUAUGUCCCAGUAGAAGGAGAUGAGGUCACAUACAAAGUCUCCCGGAUCCCACCAAAAAACCUGAAGAUCCAGGCCGUGGAGGUGAAGAUAGUUCAUCUGAACCCAGGGACGAAGCAUGAGACCUGGUCUGGCCAGAUCAUCAGCCAGCUAGACGAGAGCUAGGCUUCAGCGCUGGCCUGUUUAUCUACACUUGGCUACAGGGAGGGCUAGGGUGGGAAGUUGAGGGGUCUGGCUAGGGCAGGCAGGGACGGCCAACUGGUGCUGGUGAGUCUGUCUAAAUCAGGUGUGCUAGAGCUGGGUUGGAAGAAAACCCUAGAUACACUGACUGGCUCCUCAGGACACAAGUUGGCCAUCCGUGAACUAGGACGCGGUUAGUACAGACUGGAUUGAUAAGUCAUAAAAGCAAGGGAGGAGAAUAUGUUCAACCUGAAUGUACUGGAAGUGGGUGAAGGGACUGAGCGGAGUGGUGGAGGAAAUAGAAUGAGAAAUCCGACACCAUUUUGAGGAGAAGCAUUACUAUUGGUAUGAAAUCAAAAUGAGGUUGGAGAGAAAAUAACUGACAAAGGUUUAGAGGUACAGAAUCGUAAACGUCUGGUUGAGAGAGCAAUCGAGAAGGGAGGGAGAGAUGAUGUCAUGGGAGACAAAAUAAAAAGCUUGGAAGAAUGAUUUAUAUUUUACUGUGAAUGGAAAAGCCACUAUUAAUAUGUUCUCGAGGUACACAACCAUCUUUGUAUUUUUGCCUUUUAUUUAUAUAUAUUUAUUUGAUCAUUUUGUUUAGAUUUUUUUGUAUCCGUUAGUUUUGAGGUUACUGGAUUUAAGUUUUGGGUAUUGUAGUCAAACGAAUGCACUUAAAAACUUGAACUUUUCUGAAAUACUGCCGAACCGACUACAACUCCUAUUAGGCUUUAUCAUGUGGCAAUUUGUAGUCCUGUUUGCAAAUUGUAACUCACCAUGAUGGUAUGAGCAAAUUACUGUAAGGUUUUUGAAACUAUUUGAAACUUUUCUAUUGUCUGAGAGACACUGUAACACACUGUCAAUGGAAUUGAAAUACAUUUUAAUGUAUUUGUUUAAGUUCUGAAAUGAUCAUUUAAUUGUUACUGAGCCGUUAUUUGUAUUUGUUUCAUGUCUACCCAUUAUGUUUAGCAUUUCUCCAUAUUUAGGCUAUUUCUAUGUAUUUUUCUGUACUUCAUUCUUACUGUUUUGGGUUGUUUUAUUUCAUAUUUUAGUUUUAGUUAAAAUGCUAGGUUUUUCAUUGGUCACAGUUCAGAGCAUUUUCUGUUAGACAAGCCACUGUGGCUAUAGUUUACCCUCAUUUCUAUGUGAGCCUUGAAAGAGCACUAAUAACAUUUUAUGAUUCACAAUUAUGGUGGCUGUUAUCUUUCUUUAGUAUUUGUCUUUGGAGAUAAGGGUGUACACAUAGUAUGUGACAUUAGAAUCACAUGCCUAUGCGUUAGUUAUACUUUCCAUCUGUUGUACAAAAAAAUAACAAGUCACACUUGGCACAAUGAUAUAAAAUAAUUUAUUACAAUGAACAUAGUUCAAAUGAAUACAGUACACAACAAUCACAUGAUGAUUUCACAAUUAGUGUAUGUCGAUCAAACUGUACAAGUGAGUCCACUGGAUCUUUGUCAUUCAGGAAGGUCUAAUGGCCUUUGGCAGAAGGGUCAAGACAUCCAGAUUAUUGUAUUUGUCGCAGAUGUCAUUAACCUUUUAAUAAAAUUUGAUUUGAUAAGAUA